GCUUAUUUACAUUUACAGGUCAUGAGCGGUUUCCUUACUAUUUGUACUCCUAGUUUCAGGCUUGCGCUCCUUGGCAAUUGGAGGCAGCGAUUCCAUUAUCAUAAGGAAGAUCAUCUGAACAAAAAGAAGUACUCAAGGUGAUCGAUCGCUUCCUGUACGCGCUUUUGGCCGAGGAAACGGAGCAAUGGAGAACCAGGAAGCCAAAGGUUGUGUCUUUAGAAUCCAGAAGUGUGCUUUCGAUCUCCUAUCAAUGGAGGAUGAUUUGACUAAUGAAGAAGAUGAUGAUAUAUGGUGGGAGCUAAUCAGAAGAGAAAUCUGUCUGAAAUCAACUUUCUUGUAUUGUGAUCUCAACCGUGUCAUCUCAAGUUCUGCCGAUGAACUAAAGAGGACUCUUACUGACCUUGCUAACAGUUUGUUCCAAUACUUGGAAGAGCUGGACGACGCAAUUAAGAGCAGGAGCAUACCUUUGGCACAGAUUUGUUACAGUGAUGCAGCUCUUGUGCUCCAGGAAAUCAUGGCAGCCCUUAUUCCUGGCUAUUAGUUUUAUUUAAAGGCAUGUUCAAAACCUCAAAAAUGCAUAUAGUUGAAUAGGAUUCUUCUUUAAAAAAAGAAAUGCAAUAGAGAUCUCUUCUGUUUCUUUUGAUGUACAGACCCAUUGUCUAAAAACUCUGCUUGAAAUAUAAAAGAAUUCCCUUGGAGUUUGUUUUCUUUA